UGAAUGACACGAGUAACAGGUCACUUCUUGGCACUUAGUAGGUGCUUCAUAAACGGCCUCCGUAGAAGGACCAGUCAUGCUUUUUGCAGAGAGACGUCUCAAGCGGGCAGCCCGAUGAAUUGUUUCGUGCCCCCCUCCGGUCCAUACCUGUUCACAGACAACAGCCACAAUUCCUACUGGGUCACUAUUGUUUGCUUUGCCUGGUCCUAAGCGUCGUCCUCCUCCCGGAAUUGUCCGGCCUGUCGUCCGCGCGCCCUCUCAGCACGUGGGCGGUAUCCCCCAUCGGGGUUGGUCUCCACCGCCGGGCAGAGAGGGGCAGCUGGCGCUUGAGGGUGCAUCUGGUACCUUCUCUGUGUUGGGACAGGCAUCCGUAGCGGUUUCCACGGGGCCGGGAGCCAGGCCUCAGGGACAGGCGAGGGGGCCGCACCUCAGGAGCGCACAGGAGCAGCCUCCGUCCACCCCCCUUCCUCUGGGAAGGAAGGAGCCGAGAAGUGGAUCGUGAGCCCCGGCCCCGGGGAGGGGGGGCCCCGGACCAUCCACCGUGAAGAGCGGGAGCUGAUGCCAGGCCCCCAGGGGGCCGGAGGAGCCCCUGCCAUGAGCCUGGGCAAGCUCUCGCCGGUUGGCUGGGUGUCCGGCUCGCAGGGGAAGAGGCGGCUGACGGCGGACAUGAUCAGCCCCCCACUCGGCGACUUCCGCCACACCAUGCACGUGGGCCGUGGCGGGGACGUCUUCGGCGACACGUCCUUCCUCAGCAACCACGGUGGCAGCUCGGGGAGCACUCACCGCUCACCCCGCAGCUUCCUGGCCAAGAAGCUACAGCAGGUGCGGAGGGUAGGGGCACCGCCCCGGCGGAUGGCUUCCCCGCCCGCACCCUCGCCUGCUCCGCCCGCCGUGUCCCCCAUCAUCAAGAACGCCAUCUCCCUGCCCCAGCUCAACCAGGCCGCCUACGACAGCCUCGUGGUCGGCAAACUCACCUUCGACCGCAACCCUGCCAGCUCCACAGACGGCCACUCCGGUUACGGCCCGGACUCCGGGUUCUGCACUAUCUCCCGCCUGCCUCGCCCGGAAAAGCCUCGUGACCGAGAACGUGAUAGUGCCUUCCCCUCCGAGCCCGAGCUUCGCCGCUCUGACUCCCUCCUGUCCUUCCGCCUGGACCUCGACCUGGGGCCAUCUCUCCUCAGCGAGCUGCUGGGGGUCAUGAGCCUUUCAGAAGCCUCUGCAGCUGAGACGACCCCAGCCCCUGCUUCAAGUUCACCAGCCCCUGCUUCAAGUUCCCCAGCCCCUGCCGCAAGAUCCCCAGCCCCUGCCUCAAACCCCCAGCCACGUGGACACUGCCCCAAUGGGGUGACUGCUGGAUUGAGCCCUCUGGCUGAGGUGAGGGCCAGUGUGGUGGGAGAGUGUCCCCGUAUACCUGCUGACACGGCCCCUAGCAGGCACUGGGGAGCAGGCUGGGGGGGCGGCCAGGGUAGCCACCGCUAUACUGAGAUCGAUGCCCGGCAAGAGCUAGCGGGGGUCCUGCCCCAGGCUCGGGCUUCUUGGGAGAGCCUGGACGAAGAGUGGGGGGCACCCCAGGCGGGCAGCAGGGCCCCCGUGCCCAGCACGGUGCAAGCAAACACCUUUGAGUUUGCUGAUGCUGAGGAGGACGAUGAAGUCAAGGUGUGACCAGCUGGCCGUGGGCUCAGGACCCUGCCAGGGCUCAGGGCACUGCCCAUGAACAGUGCAGAGCCAGCACCAAAUAGCUAGGUCCUGCCCACGAUAGAUGGGAGAACCCAGUUGCCCCCAAGCCCCUCCACGCCUCUGCAGGCCUGCUGGGCUGCAUUACCUAGCCCCUUGCCACUCUGGACCCAGGGCCGUUCCUUAGGCUCACCCCCCACCCUCUGCCAACCCCACUGGCUGGAGAGCCCAACCUCACAGUAUAGCCUUUGUGCUGGAAAAGCUGUCCUUGCUGGGGGGGGGGGGGGGGGGGGGAGCAUACCACACAGGGCCUUUGUCUCCUCUCCCUAAGGGACGUCCUGCCCCAGCUCAUCCCAGAGCUGCCCCCAGCAGGGUCCCUCCUGCACCCCUCAGAGCCCCAGCCCUUGCUAAGGCUGCUUCCCCAACAUUCCAACCCCAGAGAAAAGUCCGGUGCGACCUCACAGGGGAGGAAUCCCACCUUCCUGUGCACCCCAGACCUGCUUCUGGGUCCUGAUUAAAAAAGGCUUUUUGAUAAAA